AUGGAUACCAACGGAUCAGAAGUCAUUGAGGAAGAAGAUUUCUUAAAAUCACCACCAAACUUCUUAGAAGCAGAGAAUCACAGCGUAAUAAAAUAUUUUUUACAUAUAGAAAGCUUAAAUCAUUCAUUAAGAAGUCAUAAGUAAUUCAUAAAAAUGUCCUUGUUGCAAUUUAUACAUUUCAACCUUAAAGUAUUCCCUCUUUACAGAUAUAAAUGCAUUUAUUGUACAUGGUACUGUAUACAAAUACUUUUUGUUCAUAAAAAAUGUAUUUAUCCUUCUUAGUAUAAAUUUGUAACUUUUUAAUAAUUAUUUAUAGUAUUAUUGUUGGAAUAUAUAAUUUAAUCUAGAACUUUAAAGGAAAUUCAUGUAUUAAGAAUGAAACCUGUAAAUAGAAUCUGAACAAUUAUUUAUCAAUUUUAAAUAGAAUGGAUUCUUACUAGUAUAUUAUACUUUUAUGAUAGUUUCGAGGAUUACAUUUUAGACAUUUUAUAAUCUAUAUCAAUUUUUAUCCAAUUAGCUUUCCUUCGAUACAUCUCAUACUCUAAAAAUGAUUGUUAUAGUAUAGAUCGCUAGAUUGAUAGUGAGUUUACGAUAAAAAAAUGUUCCUUAAAGAUCAAAAAUUUGCCUAGUAAUUGCAACAAAAAAGAAGGUAUGAAUCUCUUUGUAGCUAAUAAAUAUAAAAGAGACAGUGCACCAUUAAACAUUAUUGAUUGUAGUUUAAUUUAUGAUCAAGAACAUUUAGAAAAUUAAUUAAAGCUUAAAAUAAAGGAAAUUCUUUCUCAAAAUAAUGAUACGUAUAUCUACUAGUUAUAAUUAUUAGCUCUUUGAAAGAUGUUAUACGGAAGAUUGUUGAUUAGAUUUUUAUUCUGAAAAAUAGAGAAUUGUUUUUGAAAUCUACUAAUACAGGAUUUAUAACUUUCUCUAGUUAAGUAAUUAUAAUAUUGUCAUUUUAAGAAAGAGGCUAUCAAAUUUAAAGAGGUAUUAGAUAAAUAAAGUGUGAUUUAUUGUCCAAGGCCUUUGGAUGAAAAAUGGAUUAAUAAAAUUGAAAAAUAGAAUUUACUACUAGAAAUUAUCCUAUUCAUAAUAGGAUUGGCUUUAUUUUAUCUUUUGUACUAAUUUGAAAUUGCAAAAGAUGAGUAUACUUAAUCAAAUUCUGGAUAUUAAUUAAAUAGAAAUACACUUUUGAGCUUAUGUGUGGCUAUUAUUUUCAAGAUUAGUAUGGAAUUACAAUUAAGAAUGUGCUAGAUAAUAAGUUAAUAUGGUUAAUAUAAGAGAAUGCCUUGGUAUUUUUAUGAACUUUUGAUAAUAAUGGUAGGUUUAAUGAAUGUUAUAGUAUUUCCUAUAGCAGUUUUUGAAUAAAAAGACUAAUAUGAAAGUAAAUUGAAAUUUUGGAGAGAUGGGGGGUUCAACGAAGAUAUUAUUUAUAUCAUAUUGAUUAAUUCUUUCUCAAUUAUGAUAUUUAGUGUAAUAGAUAAAUAUUAUGCUUUGAAUUUAUUAAAAAACACUUAUUACAAAUAUUUAAAACAGAAUUCAACUUUAACAUAAUUUGAAGCAAACUAAUUAACCUAAAAAAAAUUGAACUUUAAUGAACAAUAUAUUGAGUUAGUUCAUUUAUGUUUUUUAUGCUCCUAUUAUGGUUAUAUAUAUCCCAUAUGUUAUCCUAUGACUCUAAUAGCUUUGUUAAUUAUCUUUUGGCUUUAAAAGUACUAACUUAUUAAUUAUGGAGUUAAAGAAAAUAUCAGAUUUGAAAAAGAAUAAUUAAAAUUACCUAUAUUAAUUCUUUUAAUUUGUUAGACAUCAUCUCAUCAAGUAAUCCAAAAUGUACUUAAAACAUCACUAACAACCCGCCCAUUUUUCUAUGUAUUCAUUAUUUUGUCCUUUCUACUCAUUUACUUGAUUUUUUUUUCCGAUUGGAUUUUUAUAAAUUAGUCCUUAGAUUAUUAAACGAGUGAAGUCUUAAUGAAGAGUAUUGCUCAUAACGAUUUAUAUUCAUAAUUAAAUCCACUAAUAAAUGAAAAUCUUUGGCUGGGCGAUGAAUACGAAAAAGUAAGGGAAUAUUAAUAUUUUAGGGAUUACGUUUACAUAAGUUUUCAAGAUAAGAAAAAUAUUACAAUGAGCUCUAAGUGAAAUUGUUGAGAGAACUAGAAAGAGAAUUUUAAUAAGUAUGAUAAAACUAGAUUAAUUAGAACUCCCUAAAAAAAACCACCAUCUAACCUAUUUAAGGUGAAUAAAUCAUAUUAGAAUGA